GCCUGUUUCGCCUUUCUCUUUCCGCCCGCUUCCGUUGACUUGCUACGGUAGGUAGAUUUAGCCUCGAUAGGUUAAAGUGGUGAACUACGCCCCUGUCCUGCCUCGGCCGGCCUUUUAGGUGGCCCUCACCUCCAACUGGGGGGCCCCCUGGGCUUCGUGACCUUGUGCGUGUGGAAGCACCGCAGCAGAAAGCAGAACUAGGCGGGAGAGAUCUUCAUGAGUUCCCGCUUCCGCUUAGAACACAAGGACAUUCGAAAUUUGUUUUUGAUAUAUAAGAGGUACUACCAAGCUUAGCGCUCUCCUCUUUCUUUGGCCUCGCCAAGUACAAAGUUGUACGGCUCGACAGCAAUAGCAGAAGCAACAGCAAAAAGCAGGACACAAAAAAGCAACAACUCCAACAACGAACCAACUGCUUUUUGUUUUGGCGAAAUCCAACAACAACGAACGAAAUAACGGUUCCAACGGGGCUAGUUAGUUCAACUCGCCUGAAGAACCGGAAUUUGUUCACAUCCCACCCCCAUCCCACUUCAUCAAAAAAGGGGAAAACUUUGAUUGGAGGACAGCGACGUCAACGGUCAACCGGGUUGGUAACAACGCAUUCGGGUAUUUUCGAGGGUCAAGAAAGCAGAAACAAGAAAACGAGGUAUGUGUACGCCCCUGUUGUUAGUUUCACUGUGUUGGGUUGCACACGUGGAAAUUGGUCCUCCCAAACGCCACCCAAGGAACCGGGGACAAGGUCUUGAAUGUUUGUCCCUUGCAUGGAUGGACGGAAGAUCCUGACCAACGUUGAGUUCAGCUUUUGAUUUAAGUUGUCGUCUUCCUCUGCCUGUUUGUGUCUUUUGAUUCUUUUUUUCAAGCUUGUCUCAAUCAGUCACUCGCUCAGCAUACCGCAAAGAGGUCACAUAUAUUAACCUCGAGACACCGCAUUAGUCCAACUUGUCAGCAUUAUCAACCUUAUCGUCGAUUAUCGCCUCAACCACAAUCCAAAAUGCGUACCUCAGUAGCUCUUUCACUCCUCGGCGCGGCCGCUACCGGUGUUGCUGCCCAGAAGGCUCUCCCCACAGCUGCAGCUGUGACCAACAAUCCCUCUUGUCUCAUUGCCGAAGCGGUCCUUCCCGAGAACGCCUGGCAAAAGAACGGAUUCCCUAAUGGCGGCAACAUCAAGGGCAAGGUGGUAGCCAAGUCGGGCGAUGGCGGUGUUGGAGUGCAGUUCAAUGUUGAAGUGAGCGGCCUGCCUGAGGGUGGCCCUUUCACUUACCACAUUCACGCCAAACCCGUCCCCGAGAACGGCAACUGCACAGCAACCGGCGCUCACUUUGACCCUACUGAGCGAGGCGAGGACCCCGCCUGCGACAAGAGCAAGCCCGAGACGUGCCAGAUCGGCGAUCUGGCCGGCAAGCACGGCGCUAUUCCUGCGGGCAACACCACCUUCAGCGCCAGUUACGUUGACAAGUACGCCUCGCUCGUUGAGGGUUCAGACGCCUACUUCCUCGACCGCAGUAUCGUUUUCCAUUUCCCCAACAAGACGAGGAUCACCUGCGCCAACUUCAAGAUCACCGAGCCGGCUUGCGGUGCUUCUACCACUGGCGUUGCUGCCCCUACCGGAUCUACCACCGGAGGCGCGCCCUCACCGUCAGGCACACUACCUGUUGCAGCUGGAGCCAGCCUUAGCGCGAGUUCCAUGACCGGAGUGGCGGCUGCCUUACUGGGCGGUGCAAUGAUGUUGAUGCUCUGAGUUGAGACGAAACGUUAUCGGGAAUGUUUGGGGUCAAUGAUGGGAAAAUAGAUAUUGCCUAAUGGUCCAUUUCUGGAUCCAUCUUUCAAAUGGCUAUGGUUUUUGGUUCUCUGGUUAGCGAUCCGAUGAUUUAUUAUCUGGGAGUUCAGUUUUAUCCUAGGUUAGCGGCGCAUGCGAGCUCCUAAGCUACGUACCUGAACACAAACAUGUCCCUGAUUUUCUUUGCGUGCAUAACGAAUGCAAGCAGAAAUCGCCCCAACAAAAGUUUGUAAUAAUAAAGUUGAACUUGUCAAGCUAUUGCCGACGGUGACCCAUGCAAAUGCCGUGACGACAGCCUGAGGUUUUGACUGCUGUUGCAUGAUUAGAUGCUGAAAGCAAUUAUUUUCGAUUCGGAGUAGACUUUGCGGUUGUCAAGUCAAGAUCG